AUGAGCGAGAAUAUCAGGUGGCUUUCAAUUUUCAUCGUGCUGUUGAUGAGAAAAGACAAGACGGUUCACACUUAUUUUCAGCGCGGUUUGUUCUACGAUCAAUGGAAAGUUGCGAGGGAUGUAGACCUUGACAUAACUCAAGUUCUUCAAAGGAAAAAACCAGCUGAAAAGACUUCUGCUACCACCAGCGUUGAAGACAUGGGAGUCGAUGAGGUUUCAAGCUGGAUGAUGAGUCUGGAAUUACCAGUCAAUGCCAUAGAAAUAGUCAAGAAGGAGGGACUGAAUGGCAAGGAUGUUGCUGCAUUGACUGUUGAGGAGAUGGAGACUGAACUGGGACUCAGCAGAUUACAAGCUAAGAAGCUGAUGAAUCGCAUACAAGAAUUCAAAAAGCCGGCCGAAGUGAAGGAAGCUGCCUCAAAGUCGAUGGAACUUCGGGGUCUGCAGCCGUUGAAUGCUCGGAAAGACUCAAACAUGGAUUGGAAUGCUGUCUUGGACGAAAAGGAGUCAGCGACAACUUAUGACUCAAAGACGGACGCGUAUGAGUAUGAGCAGGCUUCCGGAACAAUAACGGAGAAAGAGGCUAAGAAGUUGAGGAAGCAGAUUCGAGACCUCAAACGACAGAAGAAAGUCUCGGAAGGAGAUACCAAGCAAGCAAUCAAGCUUGAGAUUGCAAAGCUUGAGGCACUUCUGUCACAAUCAGAGAGCGAAAAGUUAAACCAGUACCAAAACUUGACAGAAGACGGUGGUGUGCGAAUGCGGGUCAUCAGCGAAGGAAAAGGAUAUCAGCCAGAGAAGUGGGCAAGGGUUGAAGUUCAUUUCACUGGAAAAGUUCAAGGAGGGGAAAUUUUUCACAACACUCGGACUGGGGGAUAUCCAGUCAAGUUCAUCGUGGGUGCGAAGCAAGUGAUUCCGGGGCUGGACGUUGGGAUUAAGGCGAUGAAGGCUGGCGGACGGGCUGACUUCAUCUUCUCGCCCGAGUAUGGAUACGGAUCCAAGGGACGGAAGCCUGUGGAUGACGAGCCUGAGGUCUUGCCUGGAAGUUGGCUGGAGUAUAAUGUGGAGCUUAUGGCCUUUGAAGCCAAGCCUCUGGGCUUCCCGUUGAGCUCGGCUGCGGACAACAGACCAAGCGGACAGGGAGCCCCUGAUACCCAGGAGGAUUUUCCUGCCCUCCCGUCCAGGGAUAGAAAUCAGCCAACGGGGGUGGCAGGAACUUCGAACACAGGGAAAGUUAUGCAAGGAUGGGCAAAUGUCGUGAAGAAUUCAGCGGCGAAGGCAAACGAAACUGUUGUGAAAGAACAAGUUCACAAGAGAUCCCAUUCAAGUGUUUUUUUCGCUUCUGUUGAUUAUAUCAAGCUUAAAGCUUUCCGCUCUCUAGGAACUCCUGCUUCGGUCUACCAUGGAGGCGGCGAGAACCAUCAGACUCCUCUGACCCCAGGGAAGUCACCGAGAAAGCUUCAGGAUCUUGACAUGCAUGCGGCCUUGCUCAACAUGGACUCGCUUUCUCUGGACGGCACUGAAGCAACCGAAGAAGAGAUUGUCGACUCGGAUCCAGAACUGGCGGCUCUCGCUGCCGGCAGGUCGACAACGACGAAAUUCAAUCUCGCGCGAGCUGCUGGUCUGACGAAGCCAAACGAGGGUGGAGAGAGCGAUGACUCGUGA